UUGUAAACCAAAUUGACCGGCCAUUGGAGCAAAAAAUGGUUGUCCAUGAGUGAGGACAAUUUGAACACCAAGAAUAACUAAAAGUUUACCGUUGAUCAUCUUUAUUAAUCCACUGUAAUCAGGUACUAAGCUGAAUUUAAACUGAUUCGUUGUGAUCAGGAUUUGGAUGGAAGCUUCGACAAUUUCCUUCAGAUUAUUGAUCUUCCACUUAACAAUAUGAUCAUCUUUUUAACCAAGCCUUAUUGGUUAUUGUCGCGCCUUAUUCACCUAAAAAUACCUGAUUUUCAAUUGUUCAAUAGGAAGGAGAAGGAGGAUGGAGAGGAGAGAGAGAGGGAAAGAAAGGCUUUAAUUAAAACGUUACAUUAUACGCUGUUUAAUCAAGUUAUGGUGUCAAUUGCUGUAAUAAAGAAGGAGAAGAAACAACAAUAAUGAAAGACAAAAACGUUAUAAUAGGAAGGAGCAGAUUCUGACAAAUUAUUUGAUUGCGAUUUUGGUUCAACAAUCAGAUUAAUUUUAUGAUCCAGAAGAAAUUUGUCAACAUUUGAAAAACACAAAAGCAUGUCAACUUAUCAUCGAAAGUUAAUUUUGUUCAUUUUUUCCCACUUUUUUUCAUGGAUUGACUUCAUUGAAAACAAAUCCAAUCAUGGAAACGUAUAUUUCAUAAAGCUUUUACGGAUACAAUUUUUUCAUCUUUGCUGAUAUGUUAAAUUGAAAACUGGACAAUUCAUUUUUUUAUGCUGAUCAGUUGAAUUGAGAUUGGGAAGCAAAACUCAAUGACUUUCUAUAUUUCUCUUGAAUUAUCAAAUUCAAGUCACUAACAUCGUAAUUUUUCAGCAUUUCAAUUUUCUCAUUCAAAUAAAUGGAAAAUGAAAUUUAAUAUUGGAUCUGAUGAAAUUUGUCAAAGAAAAGAUAGUUUUGCACAUCUAACAAGGAAAAAUUUGAGUCAUUCUGGAUUUAGCUUUGUUAGGUUUUUACUUCUUUGCUUUAUUUUGUUUUAAUGUUUAAUUUCAUUCCGUUUUUAUCGUUUUUCUUUCAUAAUCUUAAAUUGGUAAAAUACGCCAUCUUCAGAUUAUGAAAUGCUAUUUCAGUCUCCAUCGGAUAUUUGUCACUUUUUUAAUCCUAACCCCUUCAUUUACUCCAUAAGGUUAACAUCUUUUCAUUACAAGUCUCCACCGUUUAUCCCUCCAAUAAACCGGUCUCAACCUUGUUUUUAUUUUAUAACAAAAAGUACACUGGCUUUUCAAUUGUGAAGUUGUUUUGUUGCUGCUUGUUUUGAAUCAUCUUUUUUAUUUUAUGUUCCCAUCUGAUUUCACUUUUUUCAUCUCUCAACUAAAUCAUCAAACUAUCCUCUUUUAAAUUUAAAUCAGCACCAUUUGGUGUAUACCAAAAAUGAUGUCCAGAGUUUUUCGACUAGUCAUUAGCCGCCGCAGAGUUUGUUUUAAAAUUUUCAUCAUUUUAUUUGUUAUUGUGAUCUCUUCAAUACUCUACUUGUUUAGUCGUUCAACUGACCAAGAUCUGCCUGAUGACAAUGCUUCUGAUGUUGUGGUCAUGUUGAGUGAAAGUAAACUUCAAAAGGAAUACAUCAAUAAAAAAGGUAUUCAUGUAAUUGUUGGUCAAUAUAAUGGGAAAAGUUUACCAUGGUUAGGAUCAGCAAAUCUUUCACAAGAAAUACUCAACAGCAACAAUUAUAAUCCAAUUCCUAAAGCUGGAGAAAAUGGUUCCCCUGUUUAUGUGCCUCAAUAUGAGCAACAAAAGGUCAAAAUAUUGUAUCAUAUUAAUAAAUUUAAUCUGGUUGCAUCCGAUAAAAUUUCAGUCAAGCGCUCUCUACCUGAUCCAAGAAAGCAAAGGUGUAGAAACAAAGUUUACACUAAUUCUCUGGGAAAAGCAAGUAUCAUCAUUGUAUUUCAUAAUGAAGCUUGGUCAACUUUGGUAAGGACAGUUCAUUCUGUUAUUAGUACAUCUCCGCGUAAAAUUUUGGAGGAAAUCAUUUUAGUUGAUGAUGCCAGUACCCGAACCUUUUUAGGAACCGAAUUGGAUUCUUAUAUGGUCAAUUUAACCGCCUCAUCGUUGGUUCCUAUCAAAAUUUUACGUUCCAAAGAGCGGAUCGGAUUAAUCAAGGCUCGCCUGAUUGGAGCUGAAAGAGCCACAGGAAAAGUUUUAACCUUCCUUGAUGCUCAUUGUGAAGCAACCAUCGGCUGGUUGGAGCCUCUUCUAGAUAGAAUCAGUUCAGACCCAACUCGUGUUGUUUGUCCUGUUAUUGAUAUUAUUCAUGAAGAAACUUUUGCCUUUGCCAGAAGCUUUGAGCUUCAUUGGGGCGGUAUCAAUUGGAAUCUUCAUUUCCGUUGGUAUCCAAUUGGUCAAGCUGAGUUAUCUCGUAUAAAAAAACAUGGCCUUUCGGAAGUUAGUCAUCCAUUCAGAACUCCAAUCAUGGCUGGUGGUUUGUUCGCCAUUGAUAGACAAUAUUUUUAUUCAAUUGGCUCCUAUGAUGCUCAAAUGGAUAUCUGGGGUGGUGAGAACAUUGAACUUUCAUUGAGAGUUUGGCAAUGUGGUGGAACCAUGGAAAUUGUGCCCUGUUCUCAUGUUGGUCAUUUGUUUCGUAAAUCAUCGCCAUAUUCAUUCCCACGACCUGAUGGUGUUACUGGUGUUCUUUACACUAAUUUGGCUCGAGUUCUACAUGUUUGGAUGGAUCCAGAGUAUCUUAAUUUUUUUUACAAGAUAAAUCCUGUCAUGAAGAGAACCAUUUUUGGUGAAAUGUCAAAGGUUGAAGAUUAUAGUCAAAUACCAAGUAAACUUGCUAAUUUAACUGAACGAAUUGAAUUGAAAAAACGUUUAUCCUGUAAAAGUUUCUCUUGGUUUUUGGAAAAUGUUUGGCCAGAGCAUUUCUUUCCGACUCAUGAUAGAUUUUUUGGUAAAAUCCGUAAUGUUGCGCUAGGAGAAUGCUUGCAAAGACCAAACGCAGAAGGAGGACCUUCGAAUAAUGGAGUUGGCCGAGUCGACUUGGAAAAAUGUGCAAUAGAAACUUAUUCACCACAAUGUUUCGUUUACACCAAACAGGGGAUCAUAUUAACGGACGAGUCGAUUUGUUUGGAUGCUAUUAAUGUUGAUACAGAUCCAACUGUUCUUCUCCUCGCUUGUUCUCAAUCAACUAGACAACAUUGGCUUUACUCUUUAGCUGAUAAAACUAUUCGCCAUGUGAGAAGUAAUUUAUGCCUCGAUCUUGGAGUUGUCAAUAGAAGACGAUUAACUCUGAACAAAUGUUCUUCCGUUAAAAGCCAAAUGUGGGAUAUGAUUGCUAUUGAUUGGCAUAAACCUUAAAAAAUGAAAUUUCGAGUUUAAUUCUAUUAUAAUUUUUGAGGUUCCUAAAUCUCUUUAAGAGAAACUACUCAUUGUUUCGAUCUCGAUCUUAAAUUUUUAUUUGUGACUCAACAAAAUAAUCUGCCAUAUUACUCGUACCUCCAACGACACCCAAAAUUACAUCGAAUCACGUGGAAGUGCUUUAUGGCAUGGCAAUUUGAUUUCAAAGAGGUUCCUUCAGGGCGAAUCUAAAUCCAAGAAAAUUGUUAUGGAACCUUCAAUCAGACUCAUCGUUAUUGAUCCAUCUGAAAGUUAUUACUGAUUCAAUCAGUCUGAUUGCGUUAUCAGCUGUUUAAGCUAGUGCUCUGUUUAAGUUGGUGUUCACUAAGACGAGUUUAAGCACCAAAAAGUUUAAUCUUGAAUGAAAAUGGAUAUCAAAUGUCCAGAAUUAUGCUGAAAUUGAUUUCUGGUAUUUAAUCUACAUGAAAGUUAAACAAAACCGAUCUUUGUUCUUGUGGCAUCGUUGAAGAUCUGAAAAUUUCUAUGGAAUCAGAAUUUUGAAAUUUUUUAAAUAUAAAUUUAAGUAUUUCCAAGUGAAACGAAACAAUUCCAGAUCCGAUAAUGGGUUUGUGUUACUGUAAAUAGAUGUUAUUGUGUUUAAUUUUAACCUUUUGUAAAUAUAUCUUUCCUAUCUUGACAUUAUCGAAUAUUUUUACAUAAUGUUCAAUUCAAAAAGAAUCACAUUUUAUGAAGAAUACUUUGACUGUUGAAGUUUCGACGUUAAGGUGUCAUCGAACUAUCAUAUUUAUUUAUUUAUCUGAUUCAUGCGAAAAUCUUGUUUAUAAAUUAUUUAUUAACCUUUCUCGAGCAAUAUUUUGUAUUUAAAAUACAUGUGUAUAUUGUCCAAGAUGUAUUUGUCUGUACAGUUAAAUCAAUAAUUUAAAUAAAGAAUCAACUGAAUAUCAACUGAA